AUUGAAAAGUCAAAACUCUUCAUUGGUGAUUAUUAGGGUUUGUUGGUUGGGGAAGAUUAACUGAGCCCUUUAAGCUCAGCUCAAGAGAGAGAAAGAGAGAGGAGAGAGAAGCCUCUAACCUAACAAAUUCUCAAGAUUCAUAUGAAGGCAAAUCAAGUAACAUUUGGGGGCAUUUAAAGAACAAAUUGUUUUGAGCUCUUAAGUUUUUUAUUUGCUUGUUUGUGAUUUUAUAUGGAUUUCGUCAUCUUGGUGUUUGCUUCCUGCAAUUAUUAUUCAUAAAGUAGGUGUCUGGAUUCUCGAAGUUAUAUUGGAGAAGGGGGGUAGUGCAUGAGUUGAUGCUUGUUACUAAAUGUACUGAUCGUUAUGAUAGUUUUUGUGUAUAGUAGUGGUUGUUGUGUUUUAUCCUAUAAAGAGGUGCAAGCUAAUCAGCUGUGGUUAAUAAGCCGAUAUGCCGAGUAACUAUCUUUUUAGAUUAAGCCGGGCAGCUAGACAGGGACUCCAGAAAUCCAUAUCUGGGAAAGAAAGUGGGCUCCAGGAUUCUGUUGACAUUUUGGUUGCCCAAGGGAGAUUGUUGUUUGGCAAUUCAAAGUGCUUCUAUUCAGUACCAUUUGCAAGACCAGCUGACCUGAAUGUGCUUGUCCGGCCUGGAACCUUAGCUGCCGCACAGGCGAAUUUGCACGUAGCAAACCAGAAAAAGAAUAUUUCUGUAGUUGGAGCUAUUUCUCGUGCAGUUUCAAUUCCUUCUGUGUCAGGACCAGCAUUUCACAUCUGUGGCUAUCACAUUGAUCGCGUGAUAUCGGACCCGGGUAAAAGUUUGUCUGACAGCGACUCUCACAAAGCACCUAUGGAAAUCUGUGGUUCUCGAACUUGUCCUCCUGGCUGUUCCUCAAGCAAAAUGACUUCAAGACAUCUCAAUGGUGUUCUUUCUGUAAAUAAUCCUAUUACCUCUUAUAGCAAUAAAAGCUUUGAUAAUUGUAGAAAAGCCAGCAUGAGUUUGAGAAACAACAAUCAGCCCAACAACUUUUUACUUUAUGGAUAUUUCGCAUACAAUGUGGCAAAGAGACGGGGAAAUUCUAAUCUAUAUGAAGGCUUUGGUUUGAUGGGGUUCCAUACUUCAUCAACUGCUUCUUCUUCUACUGGCACUGCUCAUGAUGUGUCAUUUGGUAGCUCUACGUGUGGGGUGCAGCUCUCAAGUUCAGCAGAUUCAUCUGAACAGAAUAUCCGCAUUGACAGAACCCUGAAACUAAAUUCCGGAUCAUGUUACCUGCCUCAUCCUGAUAAAGAAGAUACUGGUGGAGAGGAUGCUCAUUUUAUUUGCAGUGAUGAACAAGCAAUUGGUGUAGCUGAUGGUGUUGGUGGUUGGGCUGAUCUUGGUAUUGAUGCUGGGAAGUAUGCACGAGAGCUAAUGUCGAACUCAGUGGCUGCAAUUCAAGAUGAGCCAAAAGGUUCAGUGGACCCAGCCAGAGUCCUCGAUAAAGCUUAUACAUGCACAAAAGCCAAAGGUUCCUCAACUGCCUGUAUAAUUGCCCUCACAGAUCAGGGUCUGCAUGCUAUCAAUUUAGGAGAUAGCGGAUUCAUUGUGGUCAGAGAUGGAUCUACUGUUUUCAGAUCCCCUGUGCAGCAGCAUGAUUUCAAUUUCACGUAUCAACUAGAGAGUGGUAAUGCUGGUGACUUACCAAGUUCUGGAGAGGUCUUCAAAAUACCAGUGGCACAAGGAGAUGUUAUAAUAGCUGGUACUGAUGGGUUGUUUGACAAUUUGUACAACAAUGAUAUUAAUGCAAUCGUCGUUCAUGCAACGAGAGCUGGCUUAGGGCCACAGGUGACAGCUCAGAAGAUAGCUGCAUUAGCUCGGCAAAGAGCACAGGAUAAAAACAGGCAGACCCCUUUCUCUUCUGCAGCUCAAGAAGCUGGGUUCCGUUACUAUGGAGGGAAGCUGGACGAUAUAACUGUGGUUGUAUCCUACAUAAGCAGUGACAGAAACGUAUGAGCGCACUCUGAAAGAUCUAACAGCUUAAAGAUGUAGUUAAGAGCUUUGGUUUCUUGCUUUGGAUCACUUGGCUUCGGUCUACAGCCUACAGCCUACAGGUUUUAAGCUCCAUUUGAAGGGGAUGUCAAAUCUUUGCUUAUAUCGUGUGAACCAUCUCGAAGAUCACUUUUACUUCUGAUGUGCUAGCUUUCUGGCAAUUUACCUCCUCUUUCCCACUUAAUGCAUCACACACACAAGCGAAGAAGGUAGAUCGCAAACCACUUCCUCCCUCUCUCCCUCCCUCCCGUUAGCGGAAAGAUCAUAUGAGUGCUGAUCAUGUAUAUGGAAUAGAUGUAGACAGAAAAGUGCUUGAUUUAGGUAUUAUCUUUCUGGAGAUUGUUGGUUUCCCAUAGAAUUGCUAGUUAGGACAUACAGUAACUUGCAGCAUUAAGCUUUCUUCAAUUCUUGGAAACCAAUUUCUGUUAUUUUUUUCCAGUGUAAUAGUAUUCUUGGACAUGAUUUUCCCACUGGCUGUAAAUAAAUGAGUAUUUCUCCUUUGUUCCCUA